AUGACGAGUAGUGUUCCCAUUGAGGAGGUAAGCGAAAGGGAGGAAAUUGAGAGGUUCACUGAAACAGUAUUUAAACACAAAAGCGGCAACUAUCCCGCUGUGAAGAGGUCACUUGAUGGUCAUGUUUUCCCUCCCACAGAGGGAGUUACAACCAAUCGCGGAAACAAAUUGCUUCAAGGAUCCCAAGGCAUAAGUCGGACUCAACUCAAUAACUCUAUAGAAAUCAAGGAGGAAAAUAUCUUUUACAAUGGAUCCGAACACAAACUACUUAGCAGAAAACCGCCCCUAGACAGAGAUGAAUCUUCCAAUGAGGACUGGGACGACGAAAAAGAGACCGACCUUAACACUUUAGUAGAUGUUAGAGAAACGCUUACACCCAUAUCGUCUUUGGAAGACGUGGUGAGGCAUCCAGCUGUUUCUAGAACCUUUAAAAAUGGCGUUCUCAAGGAGCUAGCAUUGCGCGCCGUGCUAAUGGUCGAAAAAGAACAGACUAAUGUGAUAAACUAUUCAAGACUUUUGGAAGUGUUUUUGGGCGAACAUCCGGGUCCAAUUCGCGAGGAGACACUACAGUUGGAACCUUAUGACCAUAACCUACGCCUGCCGGACGAUAAUGAGGAAGGCGCAUCUGCUCAAAACGUGGAUAAAAAUCGCGUUGAGAUAAACCCCCAUGAUGACGACCCUUUUUUUGCAUUACCUCAUUUCAACCCCGCUGAUACACUUCCGUCUUUAAUUGGCCCAGAAAAGGAGAACAUGCCGGAGGAGGUUGAGGCUACCAGACAGCUGGCUCAAAUUGCACUGCAGAGAAAUCAGGAAUUUAUACGGAAUCUUCAAAAGAUACGCAACUGCAUAAUCAAAGCAAAUAGAAUAAGAGAGAGAAUCCUUAUGUGGGGUAAAGAGUAUGCUGGCGAAGCUGAGGAAGAUGUAACAGUGCCCAGUGCCCUACAUGUAGUCAAGAGAGGACUGAUUAGCGCGACGACUAAUAAAACGAUGACUGAAGAAGAGGCCGAAGAAGAAAUAGAGGGCGAGUAA